UUUUCUGGCUGAAUUACAUGAAAGCAGGCAGAUAACGUGAACGUUGCAGGAAAAACAAUGGAUAACAAUGGAUGGAUUUAGCUUUGAAUUAUAGCUAAUACAACAACGGUGCUUUCCCGUUGAACAUUUUGCUUUUCAAGUUUGCUUUAAGUGUGAAUAACGGCUUUUUUCUCCUCGGAAGGCUGGACUUCAGGUUUUCGACUGGUGAGGAAGCUAGCUGUCAACUACUAUAGCCACUUCAGCGCCGCUGAGAUUAGCCAGCCACAUUAGCAUCAAUAGAUUAAAAUAUGGCAGACAGUAUCAUGAGCAAGGCUGCAACCAUGGAGAUCCCCAUUAACAGCAAUGGAGACACAGGGACUCUGCCAGAGGAUGACAGCCUCGAGCAGGACUUGCAGCAGGUGAUGGUGUCUGGACCCAACCUGAAUGAAACCAGCAUUGUCUCAGGAGGUUAUGGAGGACCUGCAGGGGGCAUCAUUCCUACCAGCAGCAUCAAAGGGCCAGCAGUACGCUUCAACCCUGAGUAUGUGGACAGAAGAAGAGCCCCUGCUCCGGGACCAGACAUUCGCAUGAAAUCCAGGGGUGUUGGCUUGCCAAACAGCCAAUCUGCAGCAACUCGACUUUCCCAACACACAGACCAGCAUCCAGGGUCGUCGAACAAUAAUACUGGUAAUUCAACCGAAGAACUUUCUCGUGGUGUGGCAGUGGAGAAAUUGGACAGUGUGAAGAAAUGGGGCAUAAAUACAUACAAGUGUACAAAGCAGAUGUUCUCAGAGAGGUUUGGCAGAGGUUCAAGAACAGUAGACCUGGAACUGGAAGCUCAGAUUGACGUGUUGAGAGACACCAAGAGCAAGUAUGAAACCAUCCUAAGACUGACCACUGCACUCACCACUCAUUUCCAAAGCAUGGUGGAGACACAACAGGCGCUGGGAGACACCUUCGCCGACCUCAGCCAGAAGUCCCCAGAGUUGCAGGACGAGUUUGGGUAUAAUGCAGAAACACAAAAACUGCUGUGCAGAAAUGGCGAGUCUCUCCUCAGUGCCAUCAGCUUUUUUGUGUCCAGUAUCGACACACUGGUCAACAAAACAAUGGAGGACACUCUGCUGACCAUUAAACUGUAUGAGAAUGCAAGACUUGAGUUUGAUGCCUAUCGUUCUGAUAUGGAAGAGCUGAGUUUGGGCCCCAGGGAUGCAGCUGCCAUGGUCCGCAUAGAGAUGGCUCAGCAUGAUUACCAGAUCCACAGAGACAAAUAUGAAAGGCUGCGUAGUGAUGUCACCAUCAAGCUCAAAUUCCUGGACGAAAACAAGGUUAAGGUUAUGCACAAGCAGCUGCUUCUCUUCCACAAUGCUAUCUCAGCCUACUUUGCUGGCAACCAGGAGCAAUUGGAACAAACUCUAAUACAGUUCAAUGUAAAGUUAAAGCCCCCGGGAACAGACAAGCCAUCCUGGCUGGAGGAGCAGUAGACUGGGCUGGUUGAGGUGUACAGUGACAGCCGACGGCUGGUCAGGGAGGAUCUUGACAUUGGGGUUAGAUGGGCAAGAAUGAAAUGCAUAAAUGAGUAUGUUAUAGGAUCAUUUGUGUUCAGUGAUACAGCAAAUGUAAGAUUUUCUUUUGUAAUGUUUUUAAGUAUCACAUAUUACUUAGACAGUACAACUAUUUUAGUUGUACUUUGAUUUUUUUGUUAAGUCACAAAUUACUUUUUGUUACUUUCUUAUCCUUUAGGUAGCACAAUCAUGUAUCACCUUUUUAUGUAUGUACAGUAUAGUCUACUAUUGUGGAAAUACUCCUUGGCAGUUUUGCACAUGCAUUGUUUUGUUUUUGUAUUAUGUCAAAAGCGUUA